UUACUUUUACGAUUGAGUUUAUUCAGUAAUCACUCGACAAAAUAGUAGUAGUAAAGUGACUACCAAGCUGCCUUUACAUUUCUCUAGUGCGAAUUGUUACAUACGAGUGUAUUAUAGUGCCGACGAAAGUUACGACUACAAAGUGAACGCUGAAAAGAAUUGUUAAAAAGAAAUAAUAAGCAAAUAAAAGAUAAUUAGUUCUUUAAGUUAUAACAAAAAAAUGUCAACAUAGAUUUCCAAUUUUCACGAAGAAACAAUAAAUCCCCAAAAAUGAUAAGAUAUCUUAAACUAUUCUUCAAAAGAAUUUCAAAGGAUUUCGCCCAAAAGGAGUUACUGCCUUUGAAACUUCUGUUCUUCAUACAUGCUUCCACCAUUUACGUUAUUUAUCCUUAUCUCACAAUUCACAUGAGAGAAUUAGGGAUAAAUGUUGAAGAGACCGCAAUUAUGUCUGCCAUAACUCCAGUAAUUGCCAUCCUCAUGCCUCCUAUUGCUGGUAUGGUCGCAGACAAAAUUGGAAACUUUAAGUUCUUGUUGGCGUUCUUUUCAGCAGCAGGCGGUGCUACAGCUUUGUUGUUCCUCAUAGUUCCAGUUGGAAGAGUUACUUUAUCGUUCCCAAAUCAACUAGUAAUAGGAAUAUCGUGUCAACCAAAUGCGUUUCUCGAUGUUUUGCUUUCUAAUGAAUUUGCUUGUACACCACAGCCAGUAAGUGUUCAAGAAGCCAGGUUGAAUUUAAAAACUUGUGGUUUCGUUUGCCAAUCAGAUAAUGAUGAGAAAUUUUCGUGGAGAAUAACGGAUUACGCGGUCGACGAUAAUACGUCAUCGAAUUUUCCAGAAGUGACAUACACAGUUAAUCGUAAACCUCCAAAGCAAAAGAAAACCCUUCAGAGCGCUUAUCAACCUUUACAAAUCGAUUUGGAUUGGAAUCAUUCGGUCCGGAGUUUUGGAAAGAACUCGUACUUUUUCCCGGCCAAGGAAACAGUAAAUUUUUCUUGUGCAUUAAAUAAUAACCCUAAAGAUAUUUUCACAUACAACACAACUUCAAAAAGCCAAAUCGAAUUUACAGACGAUUUCAAUGUUUCUUGUAUGUUUGGAAACGAUGUCCUACCAAACGCUACGAUUUAUGACAACAUCCAAAUUGGAUAUUCUCGAAUAACUAGCACCAACAAUUCAUAUUCUGUUGACUACGUCAAAGUGGACGAUGUAUUACAUAAUUCUUAUUGCAAGCAGGACUACUUUAAAAACAUGGUGGUAAACGUACAAGUGCAAAACCCUAAUAGUUCGUCUGAAAUGAUGUCGGAUUACGAAUUUAAACAAUGCUCUCCGGCUUGCAUCGGACUUAAUCCAAGAAAAAUGUUCUGUUCUAAUUCAAAAGUUUCGGUGGAUUUGGACACGAAAGUGACUUUUUGGAGUUACUUGAGUGUCCGAGUUUUAAUUGGAAUAAUCGGUGGUACAGCGUUUGCCAUGUUUGAAGGUGCAGUUAUAGCAAUCUUGAGAGAACACAAAGCUGAUUAUGGACUUCAAAGAAUCUACGCCACCGUUGGAGGAAUGAUCAGUUCUCCUUUGGCCGGAUGGCUUAUAGAUUUUGCCAGCCAAGGAAAAGAAUAUACUGACUUCAGGCCAAUAUUCUUUCUGUAUGCGUCCCUGAAGAUAAUAAGUGCUGUUUUGAUGUUAUUCAUGAAUUUACAAUUCAAAACUCCGGCAAACAAUGUCCUUGCAGAUGUUUAUUCGGUCCUUAAGGAUGUGGAGCUUAUAACGCUGUUUAUAGUCAGUUUUGUGUUGGGUACUGCUUGGGGGUUCAUAGAAAGCUUUCUCUUUUGGUUGAUUCAAGAUUUGGGGGGUUCCAAGUCAUUAAUGGGCAUUACGAUAACUAUAGGCGGCAUAGCAGGCAUUCCACUUUUGGUACUUUCUGGUCCCAUUAUAAAAAGGAUUGGGCACGCUAAUGUCCUUCUGAUCGGAUUCAUAUUCUACGCCAUCAGGCUUUUGGGCUAUUCUCUCAUUUACAAUCCGUGGUUGUGCCUAAUUUUUGAGGCAAUGGAAAGUAUAACAUCAUCUUUAAGUUUUACUGCAGCUGUAACUUAUGCUGCCAAAUUGUCCACUGUUACCACAGAUACAAGUGUUCAGGGGAUGCUUGGAGGAAUAUACUAUGGAGUUGGAAAAGGCGCUGGAAGCCUUAUAGGCGGUUAUUCCAUUAAAAUAUUUGGAACAAGGCAAACCUACAGGAUAUUUUCGGUGGCAACAGCUGUUACGGGCCUGCUGUAUUUCUUCUUUAAUUUCUUCUACAUUAAUCGAAGGAAGAAAAAGCAAGAACAGGAGAAGGAGACCGAAAAGAAAAACGAUAUCAACAUGGACAAUAAGGACAGCUCAAAAGACAGUAUUAAAAAUACUCAUGAGAACAUAAUAAAGGAUGAUGCACUACCAUAUGAAGAUGCCCUCACCAAUUACGGAUACGAGGGUGAAGAAGAGGAAGAAGAAGAAGACGAAGAAGAACGAAAAGGAGCUAAUGUCCCUCAGAAAAAAGACGACGGUGAAAUAAAAACUACAGCACUACCUCCUUAAGGUAAACGUAUGUUGUAAUACAAAAGGCAAGCUAUUUUAAAAGCACCUAAACGGGCAAGUAAGAAAACAAUAAACAAAAUAUUUAUAUCUUUCGAACCACCCUUUCAGUUGAACUUGCUACGUUUUUUAGACUGUGAUAUGGAUAAAAUUUUUUAUGUAACACCUUCUCUAUUAAAGUAAUUUAACUACUAUAACUUAGGACCUGUUUAAUUUUAUUAUUCAGUGUUAC